ACGAGGGUUGGCAAAUCUUGAGAAACACAGUAGCUAAGUAAACGGUGGGACAAAACAAAUAAAGGAGGCAAUCCAAACAGCAAAGGAGAGAUCAAACGACAAUGGAAGACUUGUGGAAGCGAGCCAAGACCUUCGCCGAAGAAGCGGCCAAGAAGUCCCAAACCCUAACCACCUCAGCCAAGAUCACCGACCUAGUCUCCGAAACCGCCAAGCGAUCCCGCGAGUUCGCCGCCGAGGCGUCCAAGAAGGCCGACGAGAUCAAGACGGCCGCGCUCAAGCAGGCCGAUCAGAUCAAGUCCCUCUCCGUCUCCGAGAUCAUUCCUCCCCAGCUCGCCUCGCUCUCGAUCGUCAACUCCGCCUCCGCGUCCUCCGCCCCUGAGCCGCCCUCGCCGUCGGAGCUCAGGAAGUUCGGUGUCACCGACGAUCUCAGAGAUUUUGUCAAGGGACUCACUUCCGACACCUUCAAGCAUUUUCCGGUCCAAGAUGCGGCGGAGGAGGUCUCCGAUGUGCCGACCACGACCUCGAAUGUGAGGAAAGAUCUGACGGAGUGGCAGGAGCGACAUGCAACUUUGGUGCUCACUACUGUUAAGGAAAUUUCAAGGCUGAGAUAUGAAUUAUGCCCGCGUGCUAUGAAAGAAAGAAUAUUCUGGAAGAUAUAUUUUACCCUUGUGAGCAGUCAUGUGGCGCCAUAUGAGAAGCAAUACAUGGAGGAAUUGAAAGUCAAGGAAGCAGAGAAACUAAAAGAUGAUAUUGUGAAGCCAACACCUGUGGUUGGAGUGACUGACAAAGCAGAAGGAUCUGAAAAGAACACAAAGCCUUUAGUUUCGAAAUCAUCGUCAACUGAGCAGGACUUGGAUAGUUUUCUUUUGGGUGAUCUUGAAGACAGUGAUGGGGGUCCAGUCAUUAUUCAAUUAAGAAGUUGAAAUCGCUGAACCGGUGUGGAAUGGCCAAAAGAGAGGUUGUAUGGGGUUAGAGUUCCGUGUGUCUUACAUGUGCACAAUUUGAAGGCACACAAGCAGGUGGCAUGGUAACUAGAAAUUGUAUACUCCCAAUUCCCGAGCAUGUAAUAGAAAUGAUUUUAUGAAACAGAACCUGACAGAUUGAAAUGCUUAAUGAAAAACUGAUGCACAUGUUUCAUAUUUCACCUCAAUAUAGUGAGUUGGUUUUAUUCUCGUGAGAGAAUUAUUUCUUAUUCAUCACCAAUGUACUCUGAUAAAAGUCUAUCUGUAACCAGUGAAGCUGUGUGUUGUUAACAAAUCCUUACUAGUCAUAAGAGUCAUACCCUUCCAUAGUUCCUUUGUAGUUUUUCGUUGAGACAAUCUCCUCAUUUUCUAGGAUUUUCCUUCUUGUGCAAUUUACUCUUCAGUUUGUUGACA